AUGGACAUUUAUUUCACUUUACAAAAAGAAGAAGGCGCUAAUACAUACUUAAAAACGGUGGCAACAUUGGAAAAGUACUUUAUUACAAAAGUCAACACACCAUACGAAAGAUAUAAAUUCAGAGCCACUAAACAAGAACAUUCGGAAACAGUAGAACAAUACGUGUCUAGAUUAAGACAAAAAGCUAUCCAUUGUGAAUUCGAAAAUACUGAUGAACAAAUUAGAGACCAGGUAAUUGAAAAGUGCAAAUCAACAAAAUUAAGGAAGAAACUUUUAGAAAAAGGUCAAGAUCUGAAAUUGGACGAACUUUGUAGGAUUGCUUGUACCAUGGAAUUAGCGGAUCUACAGUCAAAACGAAUGGACGAAGGAACAGCAGCGCAAGAUUCAGGAACGGUCAAUAAAUUAGAAAACGGUGAGAAACCUAAACGUGUUGAAACCAGAAAUAUUAGACAACCCAGGAAUGUGAAUUCGAAACAGCAAGAAAUGUGUUUCCGUUGUGGUUUAUCCGGACAUAAAGCUCGAGAUAGAAAUUGUCCUGCGAGAAACAAAAAAUGUGAUCGAUGUGGACUUAUAGGUCACUAUAAAAAAUGCUGCAAAACGCAAAUGGGGAAAAAUGCAGGCAAACAGAGCGGCCGAGGUCGGUCUGGAUAUGUGAAUAAAGUAACUUAG